AUGCAUGGAUUGGCUCUGCCUCUAACACCACAUCCACAGCCGCACACCCUCUUCUUCUUCAACCUCUCUUCGACUUCAAGAUCUCUGCUUUACCUGCAAAACCGACCCAAAUCUUCGAUACCCAUUUUCAGAAAAGCCGACUUGAACCUCCUCGUGUUCUCUUCUCGGUCUUCCACUCCAAGUUUCUCCAAUUUCAAUAGGAAAAGAGGGCGCUUUGUUACCCUUUUGAGAGCGAGCCGCAGAGAGUCUCCUUACCAAGUUUUGGGUGUGUCUCCUUCUGCAACUACCGAUGAGAUCAAAAGGGCUUAUCGGAAACUUGCUCUUAAGUAUCAUCCUGAUGUUAAUAAGGAGGCAAAUGCUCAGGAGAAAUUUAUGAGGAUUAAACAUGCCUAUAAUACAUUGUUGAGUUCUAAAUCUCGGGGAAAAUAUGACUCGAAUUUUGGAUCUGACUAUUCCUAUUCUUCUUCUCAAAGAAGCCAAAGUAAGAACUCUCAAGAUGAAGAAGAGUUUUAUGGAUUCGAGGACUUCUUUAAAGACCUUCAAGAAGAAUUCCAGAACUGGGAAGCAAGCACUUCUUCACAAGGAAAACCGAAGAGUCUAUGGGAAGAAUUGGGGGAGAUUGGAGAAGAAUUUGUGGAAUUUCUUGAGAAAGAACUCAACAUAACGGAUCCAGAAGUUGAAGAAAAUAACAAUAAGGAAGGCAAUCCUUUCAGAAGUUCUGGGACACAGAGAACUGGAAGUGGUAAUCAAAAUGAAGCCGGUAAGGGGAGCAGCAUCGAGGAGAAUAUUGACGAGAUAGAAGCUACUCUUGCCCAUUUGGUAGAAAGCAAAGUUGGAGGGAAGGAAAAGGAAGAGAUUGAUGGGGUGUUUGUUGUUUGCUAG